AUGCUUUUGAAGUCUAUUCUACCAUCUUUUGCUUUGGGAGCAUCUGUAGCAGACUAUCUCGGGGAGAACAAGCCAGUUGCGAUCAUUGAUGAAUUCGAAGUUCAAGGCGAUCAAAUUGAGACAUUUCUAAAUCUUCACUUUUCUAUCUUUGACGAGGGCUACCAAAAGGACUCUGGAUUUAUCAAAAAUGAUGAGUUUGUUGAUAUGUCGUCCGACUUUGAGGCCGAGAAGAUGUGUACAGUUGUUCUCAUGAGCUACUGGAACAAUGAAAAAGCAGCUGAAGAGGCAAGAGCUGAUACGAAGCUUGAAAAUGAAUUCAAUAAUGCGCUCGAAAAAAUGGGAAUAUCAUCAAAAGUAAAUGGUCAAUAUCCGAGAAAUAUGAUUUUCUCCAUCAUCGGACCUCCAGCCGAGAGUGGAUCACCAACUCAAUCAAGGGAGAUCCUCUUUGAAGAUGCUUUUUCAUCAAAUGCUUGGAAAACGAGUGCUUAUCCUUACAAGAUUCCCGGUAAUUUGAUGCAGCAAUACAUCGAUCUUGAGUCUGAGUAUUGGGGAACUUUCAAUGGCGGCUUUUCCUUCUAUCAGAGAAAUUCUGAGUUCGUCUCAAACGAUUGCGAUUUGACUUCGCCAAACGAGUGCUAUUAUUUAAAUCUGAACUUUUGGUCAGAUCGAGAGGAAGUCAGCAAUAUCAAUGGAACGGAAGUAGGCGAAGUUAACGCAGCUUUCAACAAAGCAGCAGCGGAAAGAAACAUCACUUUUGAAUACGUUGGCCCUUUUCCAGGAGCAGGAACCGAUGGUCUCGCAAAUUUGAAUGGAAGAAAGACUGAAGAUCCUCGUGAAAACGAUACUUCUCAAACAAUCGCGUCAAUGAGCCUCCUACUUUUAACACUGUUAUUUUCUUGA